AUGGGAUAGUUCGGAGUUAACGUAUAGAAAGGUGAACUAGCAAAGAAUGGCAAAGAGGCUCUUCAAGUAGCCAGCAAACUUAGUGCAAAAGGUGGUCUCAUUCUAAAGGCUUAAGUUAAAGCAGGAGGCAGAGGUAAGGGUCAUCUCACCAGUGGACUCAAGGGUGGAGUCUAAAUUUGCAAAACCCCAGAGGAAGUUGCCUAGAAGACAGAUUAAAUGAUCGGAUACAAUCUCAUUACUCAUCAAACUCCCCCACAAGGAUUAUUAGUUAAAUCAGUCCUCGUCCAUGAGGGAGUUGAUAUUGAUGGACAGAUUUAUUUAGCAUUCUUGCACGAUAGAAAGAAUCAAGGCUUAUGUGUUGUUAGCAGCACCAAGGGAGGUAUGGAUAUUGAAGAAGUUGCUCAUUCAGAUCCAGACGCCAUUUAAGUUCACACAAUUGAUAUUAGAAAGGGAUUCAGCGAGCAAGAUGCCCUGAAAAUUGCAGAAUCACUUAAACUUGAAGGAAAGACUAAAACUUAAGCAAUUGAGCAACUUUAAAAGUUAUAUAACAUGUUCCUCAAGUUAGAUGCUACUCAAAUUGAAAUUAAUCCAUGGGCUAUAACUCCAGAUCUUGAUCUGUAUUGUGUAGAUGCAAAAAUUAACAUUGACGAUAACGCUUUGUUCAGACAUUAAGACAUUGUUGAGAUGCACACACAAAGCGCCUCUAGCGCUGAUGUUGACCCUAAUGAAGAAAAAGCUGUUGCAGCUGGACUUAAUUAUAUCGCCCUCGAUGGUAACAUCGGAUGCAUGGUUAAUGGUGCUGGUCUCGCUAUGGCUACUAUGGAUAUAAUUUCUUAAAAAGGAGGAAGCCCUGCUAACUUCCUUGAUGUUGGUGGAAGCGCCUCAACUGAUCAAGUAAAGACUGCCUUUGAGAUUCUAAGUCAACACCCAUAAGUUAAGGCCAUCUUUGUUAACAUCUUCGGAGGUAUCAUGAAAUGCGAUGUUAUUGCUGAGGGAAUCAUCAAGGCAGCUUAAUUAGUAGAAGUAAAGAUACCAAUCGUUGUUAGACUUACAGGAACAAAUGCAGACAAGGCUUUCACACUUAUGAAUGAUUUUGCCGAGAAAAACAAAGGAAAAAUUAAUGUUAUUGUUAAUAGAGACUUCGAUUCAGCAGCAGAUGCUGUUGUCUCAGAAGCCGCUAAAAUCUGA